GAAUCAUGACCGUCAGUGAUCGGUCGCGCUGAUCGUUCGGCGGACAGCUGUUGUUAUUGCUCGCGACCACUGGAACAAUAGGCAAUCAUCGGGGUGCGGCUGGAACGAGUUUCCUCGGCGCUCGGCGUGCCUUGUUGUUGCUGCUGCUGAUCUUGCGCGCGGGCCUCUUGGCGCUAGGGGGCGCUGGCGCCACCAUUUGUGGAGGGGGUGGCAGGAUGUGAGGCACGUGGUGAGGGAUGGCCAGUUCAGCAAGGCUGCCCUCGCUGCUCGUGUCGCCGGCUCCAGGACCGGAUAUCAUCGCCCUUCGGUCGCACGCCGCCGAUCUGGAUCUGCGGCUUGGAUUGCGGAAGCAAGCCAUACCCAGACAGACCGCCAGCAGAGCCACCAAGAUCGCGCCCGUCGUCACCAGAGCGAUCAGCAGGACUGAAAGUCGAUCGUCGUCUCGUUAAGUACACAGUCCGUUUGCAGGAGAUCCACGCGGAGCCACGAUGCUGCGACUCUGCGAGUACGCUGACAGCUGAGCUGUACUGGAUUGUGUACGAUGCGAAAACAGUCUCACAGGUUAUAUAGUUACCGCUAAAUCAACGCACGGUGAACGCUUGUGAAUAUACAAGAAAGUGUCUGCACCUACUUAUAAUCGAGGAAGUUUUUCAAAGUUACCGCAAGAUGGAUGGCUUCAUACCCACUCGUGCUGCGCUGAAAAAAAAGGAUGCCGAAAAAGCACUCGUCGUUACAACUUUUGAAGCGCACAAAAAAGCACCGAGCAAACCCAAAGUACACUCAAAAAAAGAAAAGCCUGUAAGCAGGGACUCCGAUGACGAAAUGGACGACGAUGAUGAGCCAGAGGAGCCGCUGGAUGAAAGAAGAAAGCAGGAAUUGGACAUGAAAAGGUACCGAUACGAUGUCAUCAAAUUUGGAAUGUCUGGCUUCGAAAAGAAAGAGGCUCGACAAGCAAAAAUUGCUCUAGCGGUGAGCUUGGGUGCUAUACCUCCAAAAAACAAGAGGAUAAACUACAAAAGAUUGCUCAAGGAGAGAAAGGAGGAAAAAGCUAGAGAAAAGAAGAAAGAAAAGUUUGCUUCUGGGUUCAGUUCCAAUCAGUUGCUUAUGAAGUUCAAAAAGAACGAUAAGCCUAAAAUCAACAACAGAAAAGAGAAAGACGGUAUCCUGGGUAUUUAUGGAAAGGUGACAAAAGACAAUAAUCACAAGAGGAAAGGUGGUGGCAGGGUGCAAAAGAGAAAGAGCUGACUUUAAAUAAGAAACUGUUGUGGUUUGACCUAUACGGAUAGUGUUCCAACAUGUAUAGAAAAUAUACUCAUUUUUUUUAUAAAAUAUAAGAUUUAUUCAACAUCCAUA